GUGAAUUCGUGAUAUUUACGCUAAAAUACUAAUUGUUCUUUGUAGAUUUUAAACCCAACAAAAUUGUAACAGAUUGGGCCAUCCAAUUGGGCUCAGCCAGACUUCUGUCUCAGUCUUAAUCAUGGCAGCCACCAUUAGGCUCGGAGUCUUCAUGCUUGGUGAGGAAUAAAAGCACAAAUCAAAAUCAUUUACACGCUUUUAAUGUUUGAUAUGUCUGUUUUACAUUUGCAUUUACCAAGAAGAGGCCUAAUUACAUUUUAAUUCCCUCCAUGGUAAUUUUAAUUACCAUCACCUGAAACUUAAUUUUUAAAUCAUCCCUCCAACCAAUAUCAAUAUUCAAUAUUAUUUGAAUAUUCAUUUUCCACUAGGCCUAGACUAACGACUAACAUUCAUUAAAUUCAGUUAGUUCCAGGCCUGCGAUGUUUUCAUGACCAUGGUAUAUAGAUUACCAUAUUCAGAUACUUGAUCAUGGAGGUUCCCCAGAUCAACUAUCUUUACUAUCAGUACUACCAGUUCUGUAUUCAACAAAAAGGUUUUAGUUUUAUUUUUAGUUCUUCUUUACUUUAAUAUUUAAUGAACAUAUAUUAAUAUUAGAAAUGAAUAGCUCAAUAGUGUCAAUACCAUUUGGUUACCUUUCAACCAAUCAAAAGACAUCACUUUAAAUAAUCACAAUGACAAUAUCUUUUUUCUUGUGUUCAUCUUGGGGUAACAGUAACUAACAACAGGGAUAAGUUUCCAUUUUAAAAAUUUCUUUUGAACCUUAUUAUUAUAAGUUUGCCUUUUUAAUAUACUUCUUUUUAACUGUAUCAAUUGUUAGAUUUAGGUGAUGACACAAAUAAUGCUCAUUGAAGGAAGGGAAAUUUAUCAUACAAGUCUUUCAGGCCCAGCUGUUAGUCCUGUCACCUUACUUAAGUCACUGAUGUCCAGAUUUGAAAUUCCUUAAUGGCAAAGUGAUAUCACUGUGGUUAGGGAUAGACAACUCUUGGCAAAACCCAUGGCCAUGCUGCUAACAACACAUUUACUUUUUAGAAAAUCAUUCUUACUUUAUACACAGCUUUAUAGGAUGUUAUGCCUAAAAAAACUCGCAAAGGGGAAGACAGUUUAAAGCUCAUAAUAAUAAUCUAUUAAAUCCCUGCUCCUCACUAAAAAAUAAUAAAUUUAGGAAAAAUUUAAGUAUUGUUAAAGUACCGCAUGUUGCAAGAUUAGAAUGAUAUGAGUUUCACAGUGCUCAAAUUUUUUCAUUGUGCAUGCCCAACAAUUUUGAAUCUUUCUGUUCCCAAUCUUCUGUUGACAACAGGGUAUUGUCAUUAGAUUGCAAAUGUAAUAAUCUUGAUUCACAAUAUGCAACUCCCGAGCUGAGACUGAGGUCUUUACUUGUCUUUUUGCAUAUUUGAGGGAUACGGAGUGGCCUUACUUUUUACCUACAACUUGGAUGUUUAACGAAUGUCUAGACAGUUAAAAGCAAACUCAUAAAAAAAAUUCUGGACAAACUAAAGUCAAACCUUAUUCAUAAUGAAUUAUGCUUAGAGCAGUUAGAGAUAAUCUAUCUCAGUUAAUGAUAUCUCCCUCUGCCUAACACUGGUCUAAAUAUAAAUCUUUUUUUUUUUUUUUACCUAGAUCCCUCAUUGGCCACCCUGCAAACACCUGGCUUAUUAUAUUAAUUAUUGAUAUACUGCCAAUUUAUGAAAUUUAUAAGCAAAUUAUGAAUUUCUAGGGAAUGAAUUUAAAUUACUCUAUUCACCAGACAAUAAAUAUUUUCCCAGUAAAUUAAAUCCUUUCUGCCAUUUUAUAACUAAAGAUUUAUUGUUGUACAACCUAUACCCUGUCCAUUAUUGUUCAUGUGUGGAACACCGACUUUGCAGCUCUCUUAAAAUAGAUUAUCUAACUAUGGGUAAUUAAAGAAAACCCCAGUAAUUAGUGUUACAUUGUUAGACAUUAAGCAGAUAUCUGUGUUUGUGACUAUAAAUAUAAAUAUCAAAUUUUCCAUUGAGGUAAUCAUCUAAAAAUAAUUUACUACAGAGACAUGCUGUUACCAUCAGCUGAAACAAAUAAUUUAUUUCAGGGCAUUAAAAUUUAAAAAAAUAAUUUUGAAUCACUUCAUUUCAUGAUAAUUGUGUUUAUACAGCUAAUUGUAAGGGGCUAGACUGCGAUAAUAUAAUAUAACUUAAAAACCUUAAAUGGCCUUUAAAGUAUGUUCAGGAAAUUCACAGAAUGGAGAAUGAUGUAAAAACGCCUGAAAAGAAACAAGAAGACAAGCAGGAGAUUGUUACCCCUGGAAGUGGAAAACCAGAAAAAUCCAGAAUAAAACAAGAACUUGAUACACCUGGGAAACUCAUGGUGUCAGGCAUACCAAAGCAUGAGGAAUUUACAGAAGCUCAAUUGGAAAAAGAGUUUGCACCAUUUGGAAGAAUAACCGAAGGUACUGGUUUACAUUUUACAAGUAAAAGUGCUUUUGAACUAACACAGAGAUAAACAAAUUGUAAUUUUAAAUUAAAAUUAUAUUUAUAGGUGUAGGUUUAUUUAUCAUGGACUUGAGGAUGCAGAUUGGCUGAAAACAAUCGGUUAUAAUUGUAUUAUGUUGUCUUGGUUAAAAAAUGUACUUAUUUCGAAAAUAAAAAUUGUACAAUGUAAUCAAAAAACAUUUCCAUUAUUUGGAUCAAUAAAGAAUCUUAUCAUAUCCUAUCUUUUGGAGCUCUUCAAACUCUUUUAAACUACUUAUACUUUUAAGCUCACAGAAAACUCUUCCUGUUUAAAUUGCACUGGGGUUGGCUUAUUUUUGUUACAUUUUUAUCUGUAUUUAUUAGUGAAUAUCAUCAGAGAUAGAAGAAGUUCUUUACCUAGAGGCUUUGCAUUUAUAACAUAUGAGAAUCCACAAGAUUCAGAAGACGCAAUCAAAGCUAUGGAAGGAAAGGUAAUUUAUUUAAUUGUGAUCGAGAGUAAUUACAUUUUAAACUAGUAGUUUAUAAAGUAAAACUUACUGGGGUUUAUUUUUUUGUUUGUUUUUUCCUUAAUUUUCUUUAUAAUUGAAUAAAUUUAAUGCAAUUAGUAAAUGCUUGAGUUUUUUUUCUUUCUUUCUUCUCAAUUUGCCUCUAGUGAAUUUUUAAAAUACAAUGAUCUGAAUAUUGCACCUUCAGUAGAAAACUUAAUUGUUCCCUUUUUAGGAUUUAGGAGGAGAGAUGCCCAUUCACUGUGAACAGGCAGUAAUAGGCUUAAGAAAGACAAAAAAGAUGACUGAAGAUGCAAGAGGGGGUGUGAGAGGGGGACCCAGGGGUAGAGGAGGCAGAGGUGGAGACAGAGGUGGAAGAGGAUGGGACAGAGGUGGAAGAGGAUGGGACAGAGGUGGGAGAGGAUGGGAUAGAGGUGGGAGAGGCAGAGGAAUGGAAAGAGGCAGAGGUUGGGACAUGGGUCGAGGAUUUGGGGAUAGAGGUGGGCCCAGAGGCAGAGGCAUGCAGGGAGGACCACAUUAUGGUGGAGAAAGGUUUAACAAUGAAAUGGGAAUGUAUGAAGAGGAGGAAUACUAUGAUGAAUUUGAAUAUGGAGAUGCAGGCUAUGAAGAAUUCACUCAACAGAGAGGAAACCGUGGGGGGAUGUUUAGAGGACCACCUGGUAGAGGGAGACCUAUGGGAAGAGGAGGUCCACCAGGAAGAGGAAAUAACUUUGGAAGAGGUGCUCCACAAGACAGAGGUGGGCCACCUGGAAGAGGAAGAGGGGGUCCCUCUGAAAAUGUCCCCAUGAGAGGUCAUGAUUUCAGAGGAGGUCCUUCAAGACGGGCACUGCUUCCCAAUCCACCAGCGCGGGGUAGUAGAGGGCCUUAUGCUGGUCAGAUGAGAGGUCAGCCUGCAGAAGAGUAUUAUGGUGAGGACGCCAAUGGCUAUCAAGGGGAGGAAUACUUUGAAAGUAGUGAGGCCUAUGAAGGCUAUGAUGAUCACUUUGCUGAAGAAGCUGGUACAUCUGAGGAGUAUUACAUGGAAAGACCUGAUGCACCUCGAGGAAGAGGAGGAGCCUUGCCCAGAGGCAGGGGCAGACCUGAUCCUUUACAGACUGCAACAAGACAGAAUCAAGUUGAUGAGUAUGGAUAUUCCUAUGAAGAGCAAAGUAUGCCUCAAAGAGUUCCCAGGCCCCAAGGUACGUUUUCUCUCAAAAUUUUUCCAUAAAUUAGUUUAUAGUCUUCGUUAUUAUUGAUGAUCAGCUCCAUUUUGGUAGCUGCAUCAAAAGUGUCAAUGUUCUGAACAUUUUGAGAGAGGAUAUAUUUAUUUAAUCCAGAUCUUAAACAGUAAGAAUACCAUUUAAAGUUCUUUACACUGGGUUUUCAGGAAAUCCAUUAAAAAAAUAUUUUAAAUCAGCCAUACUUAUUCAUGAAAAUGAUUUUUAAUCAUUGCUAUAAAAUUAUAUGACAAAGUUUUAUCCUUAAGAAGUUUUAAAAAAAAAAAAAUUCUUUAUUAAUCACAUUUAAAAAUCUGAUAUUUAGAAAUUGACAAAGUGCUUUAAUGGCAGAGUCUGAAAUUAAAAAAAAAUAAAAAAAUCAGGAGCUCUACUCAAUUGUAAUUAUUUAAAAAGAUGAUGUUGAUUCACAUUAAAGUAUUAACAGUUAAAGUGUUUGUCAAAAUUAUUUGCUUCAAGGCAUUACAGUGAGUGUUGGCUUUUAAAAAAAACCAAACCAUUUUUACUUUUGUUCCUCUGUUUUAUUCAGCAAACAUGCAAAGAAGAGCUCCUCCACCCCUAUCAUAUUCUGAGGAAGUUUAUGAGGAAGAGACCCCAGAUACAUAUGAUAGGCCUAGGGCUAAUGUGCCAGUUCAUGGAGGUAUGGUAAAAUUAACAUAGAAUACUUGGUUAUACCAACCUUAGCUUGUUUUACUUUUCGUUAUUAUAUUUCAUGUAUUUGAAUCUUUAACUAUUUAGUUAUUUUGAUUUUUGUAUAUAACUUUCCAGCUUCUAGGGGUGGCAGAGGAGCUCCUGUUAGUCGUGGAACUCCUGUGGUCAGGGGUGCCCUAUUGAGUCGCGGUGGGCCCAAUGGCCGUGGUGCGCCAGCAGGUCGAGGUGCCCCUCCAGGCAGACGCACUGCUUUGUUGGGGGCUGAGCCAUAUGCUGAUGAAUCCAUGUAUAAAAGGCAGCCCGUGCCAGUUGCUGGGAAUUAUGCAGGACCUGGUCCUUAUGAAGAGGAUCCUUAUAGAGACUCAUAUAAUAGAAGACCAGCACCCACAGCAAGACAAGCACCAGCUGGUAGACCCAGACCUGCUGUUGCCAGUGGGGAUGAUAUGUAAGAGUUUCUUUUAUCUCACACAUACUUUCUAUUUUUAUAAAAAUAUUAUAAUGCUCUCCAUUAUAUACAGGUAUUUGAUUUUGGUUAUACUGUGACUGGAUCCACAUUAAAUUAUUUUAUUUUUUAAAUAUUGAUUAAAAAUGUAUCUACAUUCUGUGGAGAUUGGUGUCAUUUAAAAAAAAAAAGAAAAUGACCAUUUAAUAAAAAGACUUGAUCAUAUUGUUUUAACAUACUACAGGCUUUGUUAAGUUAAUGCAAUUUUAAUUAGGUUGUCUCAGGCUACAUUCUUUUCUGGAACUUUUUUAUUCUGAUCAAGGUAAUUUAAAAAAUGCAUUACAUGUUUUGCUUUUUAGGUAUGUUAUGGAAAGACCCCAUGAUAAACCACAAGCUUUGGUUGGAGAUCAGCCACCUGUGAGACAUGCAGCAAUGGGUGAGUACUUACACUUCAUCCAGAGAUUAUUUCAUAUGAUUCUAUGAUAUGAUGAUGAUUUGUCUUUACACAAUGUUUUAUAAAGCAUAAUAUUACAGGUUUUAAAAAAAUUAUUUAUGGCAAGAUCAGAAUAAAUUGUAAUAAAGAUUUUUAUAACAUCAAAUGUUUGGGUGUUUUUCAAUAUAAACUUAUGAAUCACUUACUAAACUCUAGGGUUUCCGAGACCAUAGGUUGUUGUAAAAGUCUUGAGUUGUUUUGAACAUGGUUAGUCAAAUAUUUUUAUCCCAAUCUACGAUGCUGUUCAUAGCUUGCUCUUUAUUUUGAGAAAUUUUAUGACACAGCAGCCAUGGUUUCUUACAAUUUUUAAUUGUGUGGUUAGGGUUUCAUUAGUUUGUUAAAAUUCCAUUAAAAUGGAAUGAUCUGUCAAGUGUCUUACUGUACUGAGCUCCUCCAAUAUUAAUAAUUUAUAAAUGAUGUGUCCUCUGUUUAGGACCCACAAACCGCUAUCCUGAUUAUCAGACUUCUGCUCCUUUAGUAGGUAGGGAACAGUUUUCAGAUGCCAGGAGAUUACCUCCAAGGCGGUAAGGAACUUUGCUAAAAUUGUUUCUUCUUUUAUCACUAUAAUUCAAAAAGUAGAUGAUUGCAUUUAAACGUAAUUAUUGAAAUACUAUAAAUAGUUUUUUUAAGGGUAUCAAUGUUAAAUUGCCCAAAAAUGGUAAAAAAAAGAAAGAAAAAAAAAGAAAAAAAAGGAGUUUGUUUUGAAUGUUUACAGUUUUCUUUAUUAACUGUCAUAUUGUGAUUCAUUCUUUGUCUUAUUGCUAGCAAAAUUAAACCAUGCAUGUACAUUUUCAAUAACAUCUUUUUAGCAGGCUCUUUAUCUUCUAAAGGGUUGAUCCUGAUAUUAGAAUGAGGGAAGAUCCUUACCAGAGGGUAGCAGCAGAAACAGAUGCCUAUGUGUCAUAUCCACCAAGUUCCCGUGUAGCAGCUGAACCUGUUGUGAGGUACUCAGGUUUUUUACUGAAUGAGUUUGAUUAAUUAUUUAUGUCUUUAAAAUCUCCAUGUUCUCAUUUUGAAAUAUUUAUUCUUCUAUAUAUACAUAUAAAAACAUAGGGCUAAAUGCAUACAGUGUAAGGUCAAUGCUUGAGGCUAGAAAUGUGUUAGGGACAUUUUAAAGCAUGGGGAUGGAACAUUUUUAUGCCUCAAUAACCCAUAAAAGAACUGCGGUUUAUGGAGUUUUCAGCUUUUUUCCUAAGUUCUUUUACUUUAAAUUGAAACAUUUGAAAUAGCUGUAUCUUUUAAAACAGAUUUCAUUGUUUUAUCUAUCAUAAUUUCCACAUAGCUGUAUCUUUUAAACAUAUUUCAUUGUUUUUUUUAUCAUAAUUCUCACCCUCACCUUCAUCCCUCCAUGUUAACUAUUUUUUUUUAAAAAUGGGCAUAUCUUUAAUAAAGUGACCCUUACAGCCGAAAGCGCCCGAUCGAUCAGUACGAGGAAGGAGAUGUGUCUCGUGGUAUAGGAGCACCUGUAACAGGUGUGAAAAGAGAUUACAGAGAAUAUGAAGACUACAGAUCUGCCCAGGCACAACCCAAGAGAGAGAGGUUUGUUCUAAAAUUCCACUUGUGUUGGACAUAAAAAAACCAUCUUUUGCAAGAACCUUAUUUAAGGCUCUAAUUUUUUAAAAUGUUGUCUAAUUUUUCAUUUCUUGGAUAAUGGUCUCCAAACGCUUUUUUUAAAGCUGCGACCCUAUUUUAUAGAAGCAGAUUAGUUUUAGUUUACUUUUUCAGCUGGUGACCCCACAGAAUAUCUUCACGACCCAAUUUGUGGUUGCCAGGUUGGGAACUUGAAUAUUAGCUAAUUAUUUUUAAUAUUGCUCACAAUAGUUCACUUUGUAAUUGAUAGCAAAGGCUCUUGAAUAAAAGCUCUCCUGUGAGCUGCUGGCCAAUUUUGGUGAACAACAAAUAGACAGAGACUUUCAGGAAUGAAAACAAUGUAUGCAAUUUAAUAAUAAUAAUAAUAAUAAUAAAGAUUAUUUAAAAAUCACGCUUCAUCCCCAAAGGCUCGAAGUGCGGUAUAUACCACAUUAAAGUAUAAAAUUCAACAUUACAAAACUACAUACAAGAAUACCCUUUCUAAGUCUUUCAUACCUUGCAACCAUAAACAACACAGGCCAAUAUAUCUAAAAGAUAAUAGCUAGAUUGACAACAUCACUAGGAGGUGUUUGCGAAAAAGAUAAGUCUUCAAAUCAGUUUUGAAAGACUCCAGUGUCUGGCUGUUUCUGAUAGCGAUAGGAAGAGUGUUCCAAGUUGUUGGGCCAGCAAAUGCAAAAGUGCGCCCCUCGUAAGUCUCAAGGCGAACACAUGGUAUCGAGAGUUUUCCACUAUCAGAUGAGCGGAGUUGUCUAGUGGAUACAUAAGGCGUAAGUAGCACUUUGAGAUAGGACGAUGCCAGGUCAUGCAAGCAGCGGUAGUACAGAGCUGCAAUUUUGUACUCUAUGCGAGCCCGGACCGGCAGCCAAUGCAACUCUCUCAAAAGUUUUUUAGCAUGGUCGAAGUUGCGUUUUCGAAGAACAAUGCGAGCCGCAUUAUUCUGUGCUUUUUGAAUUUUAUCCAGGAGGAUAGCUGGAAGACCCACCAUAAGAGCAUUGCAAUAGUCCAUGCGUGAUAGCACGAAUGCAGACAUUAGCCUCUUCCAAGCGUCUAAUGUUAAGAAAGGUCUGAUAUGACUAAUUCUGCGCAGCUCUAGAAAAAUCGCCUUGCAAAGAUUGUUAAUGUGAUUUUCCAUAGUUAGUGUUCUGUUUAAAUAGACACCCAGGUUUCGCAAUGUUUGGGCAAACGCUAUCUGUAUACCUUAGAGAGUAAGGGUUUGUGUGUUAGUUAUAUAUUUUAGCUUUUGAGCGGUAGAAAUGGGGAUCAGCUCGGUCUUUUCAUCAUUCAAUUUAAGCUUGUUUAUAGUCAUCCAGUGCUUAACUGACUCCACUGUCUUUUGUGUCAUACUAAGAAGCCGAGGGAACUGAGAGGGGAGCACAGAUAUCUGAAGUUGGGUAUCAUCCGCGAACAUGUGAUAUAGCAUAUCAAACUGCUUGAUCGCUGCACCCAGGGGCUGAAUGUACAUAGUGAAAAGCACCGGGCCUAGGACCGAGCCUUGGGGUACUCAGAAUUCGAUGAUAGAUUGCUUUGAGGUCACGCCGUUUGCGAUAACUGACUGGACCCGAUUUGUCAGAUACGAAUGGAACCAUUUCAGGACGGCAUCGAUGAAAUGGAACGUAAUUUCCAGACGUUGGAGAAGUAUGAUGUGGUCAAGUGUAUUGAACUCAGCUGAUAAAUCCAGUAACGAAACAAGGGAUACCCUGCCAUGACCACAAGAUGACAGAAGGUCAUGUAUGAUGCGCAACAGGGCUUUCUCGGUAGAGUUAUGCACCCUGCAUGCUGACUGGAAAGGCUCAAACAAGUCGCACAGAGUGAGGUGAUUCAGGAGCUGGCGGAGAAUGACUUUCUCCAAAAUCUUCUAUGCAAAUGGUGGAUUGGCGACGGGGCGAUAAUUUUCCAACACAUUUGGGUCGAGAUUCACCUUCUUUAGCAGAUGAGUUACAACCGUCUCUUUAAAAGAUGAUGGAACAUUACCAGAUUUUAAAGACUGAUUUAUUAUAUAAGUUAUGAUAGGAGUGCCGUUAAACGGCAAGAAAUCGGGACCAUCAGUGCAACUGUCAAGUCUCGCUCUGAUCUUCCUGACUUUCUUAAUAAAGAACUCAUUGAAAGUGUUUGGCAGCUCGCCCACAGCAAUGUUAUUUGGCAAAAAUGUGUCCUUCUGUUUACUGGUUAGCUGACCCACAAUACCAAAUGAGUCCCUACCAGAGCCACACUCUACAAUAUGGUGACUGACAUAAUAACAAAUAUCAAUUUAUAUGGAUCAAUAAAAGCACCUUAUCUUACCCAACUAACCAGUUUUGCCAUCUAGUUGUUUUUUUACCCUAAGCUAGCUCUGAAGAUUCUAAAUUUUAAAAUACUCCAUGAUAAAUUAAUAACAUAUGCCAUGUUCACCUGAUAUUAUGACUUGUAUCAUUGCAUAGAUUGGACAGGAGUGGUGUUUAUGAGGCCUACAGCUCUAGACAAGAGGGAGCCUAUAGGGGGCUUUAAUGGUAAGUCCAAUCUUUUUGAGGCUUUUGAUCUUCUCAAUAUAUCUUUUAUUUAUUGAUCAAAUGAGGAAGCCAUAUUCAAUUUCUUACACAGGGUCCAUUUCAUACAAAUAUCUUUGUUAACAAUCUGACAAACCUCAUUUAAAAUGGAUUAGUCAUUAUCAGCUCUUAUAUUGCCUAAAUUAUGUGAAAAACUAACAUUAAAACUAUUUCAAUCAAAAUAUGACGAGAAAAUUUUGCACUAAAAAAAUAACUACACGAGAACCAUUAAUAAAUUAUCAGCACAUAAAUGAUGGAUGUCCAUCAAGCUCGUUAUUUUCCAAGUCAGUUAGUGCACAUUAAGGUGAAUGGACAAGAAAAGUAAAAUUAAAUUUCCGAAAAAUUUCUUAAGAAUUCAGUAAUUUUUUGCAGCAAAGAAUGUGAGUCAUUAAUUCCAAUUCAAAAUAUGCAACCACUUAAAAUUAAAAGAGUUACUGUAAAAAAACAACAGACACUACACAAAUACUUUUUUGUUAACUACCACUAGCACAUUUUAAUUAAUUAGAAUCUUUCAUUACAAAUGAAUGCCAAAGUUGCUUUAUGCAAAUCUAUUCACUAAUUCAAAAGAGUAUUCUGCCUCAAGAUUUAUAAUUUACUAACUUUGAAGCAGUUACUACAGAAAUGAAACAUGCUGCUGAAUAACAAAAAUAUUAUAAUAUUAAUGCAGUAAUUUUACUGUUACAGCAGUGUAAAAAAAUAGUGAAAUAAAAGUUUAAAAGUUAAGUUCAGUUAAUUUGAUCUGCCUCUAGGCAUCUAUACUAAACUUAUUUUCAAAACUAAUCUCCCCUAAACAUGUAUUCAGACUAAUCUCCCCUACUUCUUCCAAUUUAGCUUCAGACAUAAAACACCAAGUGAUGAUGACUCUGCCACAGACACUCCAAAUAGCUGAAAUAGUAUUCCUGAAUAUAGAACAAGGGUUAAUUAAACAUGGCACAAAUAUGGAGUGCUGAAAUACAAUUAGAAGAAACAUGACAUUGUGGAGACAGAAAAGUGUUCAUUGUUACUGAAUUUCAUUCAGCAGUCAUUUUUACACCCCCCACAUAUUACAGAUAUAUUGGUCUUAGCAAUAUGAAACUGUAAUGCAUUUUUAAAUUUAUAACAGCUGCUGUGAAAUCAAAUGUAUUGACACAGCAUUCAUGACUUGCUGAACCUUUCUUUGUAUUUGUCAACAUGUAGAAACGACCAGGUGCCAAUAGUAAUUGUAAAUAUAGUUUGACCAGAGUAAUGGAAAUGUAACUUCGAUGUUAUAAAACACUCAUUCUUACUGUUGCAUUUAUAUGAAUACAGUUCAUUGAUAGCCACAGGGCGCACAUAGAAUUGAUAGGCACAGAUUAUAUUAAUUGUAAGAAAUGACAUCACAUCUCAUCAGUUAUUUUAGUCUCUUGUUCUGUUCUAACUUUUAUUUUCUACUUUAAAAAAAAAAAUGAUUGUUUUACGAUCAGUGAUACAAAAUUGAAAAAAAUAAUACAUUUUUAAAAUGGUAGUAUUAGAAAAACAAACAGAUCAUUAGAAUAGUUGUAAAAUUAAAAUAAUUAAUAAUAAUAAACUUAUGCAAUGGCUACAACACAGGAUUCAUUAUGCAGCAGCACAAAAAGUAAUUAGUACCAUUUCUCAGAACUGUUUUUGAGAGAUCUGUUGAGUCUUAAAAGUCAAUAGUUGAUGACUGAAUACCACCAUUAACCAUCAAAUGUGGUUUGUGGUUUAUUUUAAAUAUUUUAAUGGCUUCCAAUUUUAGAUGUAUAAUUGUUUCGGUAACUAAUUACUUUGUUGGUAAGGGAUUGGAUUCCUAGACUUUUGUAUAAUUAGUGUUCAGUUUUAAACAUAUUUUGCUCUGUAGAUUGUGGAAGUACUUAAAUACCAUUAGCUUCAUGGGAUUUGUGUCUGGAAAUAAAUAUUUAGAAAACUUUUUCGUGAAAACAAGUAAUAAAAAAGUUAAUAGAUUUGGUUUUAGAGUAGCAAGGUGUGUCUAAUUGCAGGCAUAAUGUUGAUUGUUUUGUACUCAUAUCCAUAACUUUAAAAAAAAAAAAAAAAAAAAAAAAGAAUUAGUGCCUAAUUUAAUCCUAUUUACUAAUAACAAAGCCUGUAAGAUAACAUAACAUUUAAUAAACAAUUUUUUGUUUACAUUUUAAACACUGACUCAUAAAUAGUGUAAUUUGAAGUUACCAGUGAUUAAGCAAUGUUGUUUAAGAUCGUUAUCUUUUUACAGCAGUUUUCUGCAAGUGUUGUGCAUUUUUGUAUUACACAACAUACAAUUGAGAAGCAAUACACAAUAAUUUAGAUACAUUACAAAACAUGAAAGAGAACUUUUUAUCCUUCAGCACAAACAUAAUUAUAUAUAGUCCAUUCAUUUCAGUUGCUACUCAUAUUUAAAGAAAAAGGUAAAUUGAACAAAAAUAUGUGUUCACAUAAUAUAAUUGCAAGAGAGAGAAUUUUUUUUAGUGCAUUUUAUUUAAGAUUAAGUUUAAGCCAAUGCCAGUAAUGCUGCCAUUUAUAUUGUAAAUAUUGUAUUUUAAUAGGUCAUUAAUUCAUAUCUUGUAAAACAGAAAAAUCAACAUAAUACAUUGAAGCUAUUUGAUAUCUUACUAAAAUAAAUAUUAAAUAAUUCAUUGGUCACUUCUGUCCAGGCAUUGGUCAAAAUUGUUUCCAAAUAGAGACUCAAUGUGUGAACUAAUUUGAUAACCUACUUAUAAAAUGGUUUGUAAUUUUUAGAAAUAUAUCGGUAAUUUACUUUAAAUGUUACUUUGGAAAAUAUGUUAGCAAAAUAAGUGUAAAAGGCUUUGAAAGACUAUUUUAACAUUAAUGAAAAUGUAUUUUAAAGAUUAUAUAUACAUAUAUAUUAUGUAUAUAAUAUGAUUUAAAAAUACAGGUGAAUGAUUUUUAUUUAUAUAUAUUUAAAAAAAAAAAAAAUAUCUCAGCAAUGUCUAGUGUAUUCUCAUGAAGAAUACCAGUCAAAUGACAUAAUUCAUGUAUUAACUAUUUCAUGUUGUUUAUCUUCUGGUGUUUAGAAUGUGUGUUUUCUUCAAAUUAAUGGACAUGAAACAUUGAAAGUAAUUUUAGCUUUUGUUACGGUACCUUAGUACCAAGUAAUAAAUUAAAAAUAAUAUGUCAAUAUCACUCUUUAUUUAAAUAUAGAUAGAAAAUAACAAAACAUCAUCGGCAAGAAAAAAACAUUUUUCUCAAACAAAACAACUAUGCAUGCACAAUACAAAAGUAGUAAUAAGAGUUAAGCUUACAAAACAAUGUAUUAAUCAGGAUGACUUAUGCAUUGAUUUCAGUAACUUCUAAGUACGGAUUAAAGUAGACAAUGUAUGUAGAUAAUACAGUGUGUCCAUAAUUUUUCUUUAACGAAGCACGUUUUAAACAAUCCUGCAUACGUUUAAAGUCACUUAAAAAAUGUACAUUAUGAAUAUAAUUGGUUUUGUGGAAUGGUUACUGUUUAAGUGAAAUAAAUGUCAUUUUUUUCAAACC